AUGGAGGGUCCCGUCAUGCAUUCCGCGGAAGGCAGCUACCGUGACAGUAUCGAGGAUGAUGACUACCUCAAGUCCAAUGGAUCAGAAACACCGCCUUCGAGAUUUGGAAAGUUGUUGUCAACGCUCCAUCUAGGGUCCCGAAAUGGCAGAGACGAAUAUGACUACGAAGGCAUUGGCAGGAAAGGCACUACUGACGGACUUCUACGGAGUGGCAGACCACGAGAGCCAAGGAGGAAUAAGAAAGCGUAUGCGAUGUGGCUUUUGAGGAAAGCUGUAAUUGCCAGUCCUUUUGUGAUUCUAAUGAUGUUCGGCGUGAUACACAUUCUCACAGUAAUCAUUGGACGAGCGAGGCUCUUCUGGAAUUUCGAAGUCAACGAUGACUUCCUACCAAAUUGGGGCAAACCAGGCCAUAUGGGCGAAGGCCUAGCCAAGUAUCCUACAGACGCCACUCGGGAUGUUCAGCCAAUACCAUGUCAUUCACAUAACGAUUACUGGCGGAGGAUACCGCUGUUUGAUGCCAUACAUUGGGGUUUCACGAGUGUAGAAGCAGACGUGUGGUUGUUUGAUGAUGAGCUCUAUGUUGGGCACAACCUUGCGGCCUUGGCGAAGAACAGGACAUUCAGAAGUCUUUACGUCGACCCACUGGUCGAGCUUAUCGAUCACAUGAACCCGCAGACGGACUUUUCAAAUACUACCCGGCACGGCAUAUUCGAUGUCGACCCUUCACAGUCCUUGGUACUGCUUGUGGACUUCAAGACUGAUGGGCAUGAGCUAUUCCCUGUCGUUGCACGCCAGCUCGAGGCGUUGCGGAAGAAGGACUAUCUCACUUACUGGGACGGUGACAAAGUACAGCCGCGAGCUAUCACUGUCGUCGGCACAGGGAAUACACCUUUUGACCUGGUUAUCCGCAACACUACAUACCGGGACAUAUUCUUCGAUGCUCCGCUAGACAAGCUGUGGGAGGCACCGCCAGAUCAAGCUUCACCACAACGAGCCAGCGACGAAGAUCUAGAUCUCGAUAGGGCAUCAACGACUGAUGGCUCCUCAGGUCAAGGCCAUACGGGUACAAGUGUUAUCCUGAGUCCUGCAGCCUUCAACACAUCCAACUCAUACUACGCCAGCGUAUCCUUCGGCCAUACAGUCGGCUUCGUAUGGCACGGCGAACCAUCCUCAAAACAGUUGGACAUCAUUCGUGGCCAGGUCCAUGGAGCGCAUAGCAGAGGUCUCAAGACAAGAUACUGGGACACACCUUCGUGGCCUGUGUCGAAACGAAAUCACAUCUGGCAUGUACUCAUGCAGGAAGGAGCGGAUGUGCUCAAUGCUGAUGACCUUAAGGCUGCUGCUGUGGAUCAGUGGAAGGCCAAGGCGCAUGACUGGUGGUAG